AUGGUUAAAGCACACAAACCGGAAAAAAACUACCCAAUGCGUCCUGUUGUUUCCACUAUUAACACACCUCCUUAUGGAACAUCUGAAUAUCUGGUUAAAAUUAUCCAACCAACAUUAAACAAAAACAUAACUCGACUAAUUAAUUCAAGAAACUUUGUCAACGAUGCUAAAGAAUGGAAGAUAGACCCUAAUGAAAUUCAGGUUUCUUUUGAUGUAAUUAAUUUAUAUCCAUCCGUACCAAUCAAUGAAGCAAUUCCUGUUAUUAUUAACAUAUUGAACGAUGAUCUUGAAGAUUUAAAAACUAGGAAUAAAUUAACUCUCAUAGAUAUACACCAAUUAAUUGAACUAUCGUUAAGCAUAUGUUACUUUUUAUACGAAGAUAAAAUCCGAAUUUUACCUAAUUCAGGUCCAAUUGGUUUAUCAUUGAUGGUAGUCAUAGCUGAAGCAUUUUUGCUAAAUAUAGAAAAAAGAGCACUUGAUAUAGCCUUUGUUAAUUCAUUCCAACCAAUAACUUAUAAAAGAUAUGUGGAUGAUAGCCAUGCUCGCUUCGAUUCAAAAGAAAAGCAAGAAUUAUUUCUUAAAGCUUUAAAUGAACAAAACCCCUCCAUAAAAUAUACCGUUGAACUAGAAAACAAAAGAAAACAACUUAAUUUUUUAGAUAUUUGUAUUACAAAUACAAUGAAUGGAUUUUAUAAGUUUCAAAUACACCGUAAGGAUGGGAUAACAAAUGUUCAAAUAAAACCAAACUCCAACAUCAACCCGAGCAUAACUAUUGGCGUCUUUAAAGAUUUGUAA